AUGGGGCCUACUUCCAUACGCCUCACCAAUUUGCUCCCGUUCACGGAGGCCAUCAUGCAAGCGCAUAUGCCAGAUAAACCUCCUCCUACAUUAGAACGCUAUAAUGGUUUCGCCGAUCCUGACAACCACCUGCGCAACUUUAUAGAUGCCAUGGCAUUCUACACCGACAACGACCCCGUCAUCUGUAGGGCUUUUUCCUUAUCCCUUAAGGAUGAGGCCCUGGAAUGGUUCCACACCCUUCCGCAGAAUUCGAUAGAUUGUUUUGCAACAAUCGAAUCCCUAUUCCGAAAGCAGUACGCGACCAACAGAAGACCGGAGAUGACAGCUGCGGAGCUUGUAAAUACCAAGCAGGAGAAAGAUGAAACCCUUAAAGCCUUCAUGCAACGGUACAACGAGACGGCUCGGCGCGUGAAAGAUAUUAGUCACACCUUCAUCAUCAGCAAUCUAUCGUCGUGCUUAAGGUCAGGAUAUUUUGCGGAACAAUUAUAUGCUGGCCCUCUAGCAUCUAUGGAAGAACUGCAAUCCACAAUCGCAAAGUUCAUCCGCAUCGAGGACCUCCGAAAUUCUAGGAAGAAGCAGCAGCAGGAUACCUCCAACCAUGAUGCUAAGAAACCCGCCAAACGACCGACCAACGACAACAAGCCAUACCGAACACCCCGAAAAGAGUCGGGUUGGACAUCUAACUAUGAUCGUUACACGACCCUCAACGCACCGAGAGCAAAGGUGCUCGAAGAGGCUCUGCACGCCGAACUCUUAACCGUACGGCGAAAAGCUACCCCAAAGAACGCGGACAGUAGCAAAGCGUGCCGGUUCCACAUGAACCAUGGGCAUGACACGGAGGAAUGCAAUAUGGUGAAGGACGAACUGGAGCGACUUAUCCGAGCAGGCUACCUCCAAAACUACAUCAAGGAUAGAGCCCCCAAUAGAGCUGCAACUCCUCACCGAAAGGAUUCCUCCAGACGAAGUCCCGAGCGAUCGCCUCCUAGAGAUGACCGACGCCGUAGGCGAUCGUGCAGCCCACCCCGACGAACAAAGAGGGAACGUUCAGUCCGAGGCCGAAUCGACACCAUAUCUGGUGGUUUCACCGGAGGGGGAGUGUCAUCUUCCGCCAGGAAACGACAUCUUAGACAGCUAAAGUCGGUGCAUAUGGUCGAUCGACAGCCUUAG